GCGCAUAGAGAGAAACCUGGCGCCCUGGUGGCGGUCUUUGGGGCAGCCAUAUUUUCUCUCGUGGGUUUCAGUGACGAAGGUAGUGAUCCGCUGACAAACUCUGGGAUGCGCCGUUUGAAGACGUUUACACGCGUUUUUUACUCGUAAAUAAGUGCUAAGUGCGAUCAUGGCCAAAGGGAAUAAGAAUCUGAGUGGAAGACGGUCGUCGUCCCGUAAUACGAAACCCUACGACGCAAACAAUUCUUUUGUAAAGAAAGUGGCAACUAAAGUAACAGAUCUCAUACCGCAAAGAUCAUGGAUCAGUAAAUGGUUUAACACAUCUCAAAACGAAGAAGAAGACUUAGAGGACAGUGAACUUGAAGAAGUCGAGCCAGAGGAGGAUGUACAGAAACCUCCACCCUUGAAGCGACCAUGUAUCCGUAUGGACGUUCCUCAUCCACCUGGUACAUUCUCAAUUCAGUCAAGAGCUAAACCGACAAAGCCGAACAGCACGGCCAGUCUGACUAAACAACAAUACUCGAUUCACGACGAGACGUCCGAAGAUUUUUGUAAACCUGUAAUGGCUGGGCCAAGCGGGAUGAGCCAUUUAGUAUCUUCUACACCCGCGACGCAUUCGAAUAUUAGGAACGCAGGAUCUCAGAGGUCUGAGUUAAAUUCAUUAGUUUCUACUACGAACAAUGGAACCGCAAACGGCAUGGAUGACAACUCGGAAUCCAGCGAGAGCACCAGUUGCAGCUCUCUUAUACUGCAAACGAACAGACAGGAAGCCCCGUCAAACGUUUCUUAUAAUUCCUCAUUUGCUAAUAAUAAAAGAUGUCACGAUGACAAACUAAGUUUCACAAAUCAUAUGCAGUCUCCGAGAUCCUUAUUUUUAGAUAAUACUGCUCGAGACUCUUUGAGCAGUCGCAGACCAAGUUUCAAUGCGUCCGUCAUGACUAACACGCCGGAUCGUGCGUCUCCCCUGGCGUCACCUUUCUACAGUGGAAACAUCACCUUCGGUGGGGCAAACGCAGCUGGCCUUUACAAACGAGGCCGCAAUUUGUUUAACAGUGCAAACGAGGUUCAACUUUCAGCUCCUAAAAGAACCUACGUUGAAGUAAAACCGUCUACCGCAGCCGGAGUUGAUUCAUCCGGAAUGAGUCAAACUGCGAAAAAGAUAUUGGAGGCAUUAGAACACUUUUCUUCUCCGAUAACCGAUGCUAAAAAGAUUCCGUUGAAGAUGAUGAACAACACGUCGUUGACGAGUAAAAAGAGAACGAGGGAAGAGACGGUAUCUACGAAAGUUGGAUUACGUCAUUUGACUCGAGAAUUAACUGUACCGACGGUACCCGAUAUAUUGAGAUUAAAACGUCGCCAGAAAUUACAAGAUACGACUGCCGCGGCUAGAAAAAUUGUUUCUGCUCGUAGCGAACCACCGGCUCCGCAGGAAUAUCAUCUCAGGGCGCAAGAUGCGAGGAAGGAUCAUGGGUUUAAACGUAAAGGAACAUAUCUCGAAGAGGAGACGGUCGAGCCAGUCAAUUUACCAAAUAUACCUUUACCAAUAUCUUCUUUACCGAACUUCAAUUUCAUGCAACCCACGACCGCAAACGCACCAGACAAGACUAGUACAGACAAUGGGAAUACCUUUGUAUUUACGAGCCCUAUUAAAAUAUCGAACGCCGUAAAGGAUCUGAAGUCCAUCAACAACUUCACGUUCAGUAGCCCGAUCAGUGCUGACAGGCAGCUGGUCGAAGAUUCGGGAUCGCCGCUGAAGAGAACCGAUGUUAAAUCCAAUGCACCGUCUAGCGACUGUGUACCUUCCGUGGCGCAGAACUUCGUGUGGUCUGGUUCAUCGACGGCUCCUAGACCGAAGGAGAAAGUGAAGGAGAAAGUGAAGAACAAAACUCCGCUGAAAACGGGAAGCGUCAUGGACGUGCUUGGUACGAAAACUGAAAAAUCGUGCGACGCGAAUACGAAUAAAGAAUCGUGGAGUGAAACGAUGUUCGAUGCGAGUAAACAGGAUACUGUUAAAAAGCGUACGGAUACGCAAGAAAUUAAUUCAGUUUGGGAAUGUCCCGAUUGUCUGUCCAAGAACAGCAGCUCCGAAGCGCAAUGCUUUGCUUGUAAAGCUGCACGAUCGAAUCUUAAAGAUAAAAAGACUUCUACACCGCCGUCGUCGUCGGCGUCGAGCAAUGCCAAUGAAUCGAAGACUGCAGCGAACGAUAGUUUUGGAUCUCAGUUCAAACUUACGGGUACUCAGUGGGAAUGCGCGUCGUGUUUCGUAAGGAACAAGCAAACCGAUGUUAAGUGCGUCGCGUGUAACACGAUUAAACCGAACGCGAAACAAGAAACUAAAUCGAACAACGGUGGCGAUGAUAAACACGCGGAGAAGUCUUGGGAAUGUUCUGAUUGCAAGUCGAAAAAUCCAGAGACCUCGUCGUCGUGCACUUCUUGCAAUACAUCGAAAUCGAAGAUGAUCGAUUCGCAGAAGAAUAUUUCCGAAAGUAAAACGGUUGAACCCAUUUGCGUUCUACCCAAAUUUAAAGAUGAGACUAUGAUCAAAUUUAAAGCUAAUAAAGAUACGUGGGAAUGCCCCAGUUGUAUGGUCAGAAAUCCUACUUCUGCCGAGUCUUGCCCGUGUUGUCACACAACCAGACCUAACGCUGGAGUCGCGGUCACGAGUGCUCCUCCAGUCGCACUCGCGAACGGAUUCGGCGACAAAUUCAAGAAGCCUGAAGGAGCAUGGAGUUGCGACACAUGCAUGGUGCAAAACGAAUCGAACGUUGUCGAAUGCGUAGCCUGUGGCGGUUUGAAGCCAGGAACGAAGAAGUUGGAAAAUAAUACUACAACUGCGACCUCCAGUUCCAAUCUACAAUUUACCUUCGGCAUGCCCGUGAACACCGGUGGCUUCAAGUUUGGUGUCGACAAAGCUAACCCAGAGAAGACUGAUAGUACCGCGUCUACGAACGGAUUUAAAUUUGGCGAGACUUCGCAAAUCGGGUCGACUGGUCAGUUCACGUUUGGUAUCCAAAAGGAGGAAAAGAAGAGCGAGGUUCAGAAACCCGAGAACACUUCGACGUCGGCUAGUGGAUUUGGUGUUCCGACUGAUGAAAAGUCUGCGGUGAAACAGAACGUGGAAACAGCAGAAAAAAAGCCAACGUCCGUUUUCACAUUCGGUGUUCCGAAGUGUGACAGUGCCACGAUUGGAAAUGAUACACAGUCGCAAACGAACACGAUUGCUUCUACAACGAUUUCGUCUACUUUUACCUUUGGCGCUCCUAAACCGACGACCGUACAAUUAGGUAUGAAGGAAGAGAAACAAACUCCUUUAACUGGAAAUUCUGUGACAGAAGCUUCGAAGUCGAAUAAAGAAGCUACCGUACCACUACCCGUAACUACCAGCGCAGCUAUUUUAUCUUCCGUAACUCAGAACAUUAGCCAGGGACCUAGACCAAUCGCUACAUUCCCGUUCGGUUUACCGAGUGGCACGGUCGCGAUUAGCAGCACCACGACCGUUGUGUCAAGUCUUCCAUCCUCUACUCAAUCUUCCUUUAUGUUCAUGGAGCCAAAAGCAACUACCCAAACAGCGUCGAGUGUAUCGUUCAAUCAGCCGACAACGACGUCUUCUGUUUCUACUUUACCCAGUACAUUCAAAUUCGGUGAGAGCAAGUCGAAGGAAGAAAUGCCUAAGACCUUCGGUGAAUUGCAGAACGCCUCUCCUAGGACAUCGUUGUUCCCAAGCAUGGCCAGUUAUCCGACGCCGUUGUUCACUAGUAACGAUUCGAAGGCCGCACCAACGUUCGGACAGACGUCGACAGGAAGUAACGAGCAGCCCACGUUCGGUGCCGCGAGUACGAGUAAACCUUCCACGUUCGGUACCGCGAGCACGAGCAAACCUUCCACGUUCGCCAUGCCGGAGAAUAAAGUGCCGGCGUUCGGCAGCACGGAAAGUAAGCCUUCGAUCUUCGGCUCGACCGAGACGAAGAUGCCCGUGUUCGAGAGCACGGAAAACAAACCGACGUCUUUGUUCAAUCCGACUCCGCAAGUGGCAACUGGCCCAACUCCGACACCGACACCUUUCGGUGCAUCGUCGGCGGCGCCGAGUCUCUUCGGUGGACCGUCGACCGUCACUCCCGUCUUUGGUAACAGCGCCGCUUCGACGUUUAACACCGAAUCCACACCGAACAUAUUCGGAUCCACUUCGAAGACAAAUGAGACCACUGUGUCGAAUACGAACUUGUUUACAUUCGGCACUACUCCUGCUCAACCAGUAGCAAAACCAGCGGCCGGGUUCAACUUCUCCGCCGCGGCCAAUCCCGCUGAACCUCCGAAACCGUUGUUCACGUUUGGCAGUACUUCAACUACCCCGCAAACUGGCAGUUUAUUCGGGAAAACGUUCAACAACCCGGCGUCGAGCAACACCUCCGGGUUCACGUUCAACACGCCGAAACCGGAAGCACCGACGUUCGCUCAACCCGCACCUACGAACACGAUUUUCGGGGCAUCGCAACCCGAUGCACAAAAUCAAGCAUCUUCGUCGUUCUCGGCUGCUCCAGCGAACACCGGAUUCAAUUUUGGGGCUACAGCUACCGCUGCCUCGUCCACCGGUGGUUUCAACUUCGGCGCGGCACCCGCUUCAGCACCGUCAACGGGAUUCACCUUUAAUCCUCCUAGUAGUACACCGACAUUCGAUCCUAACACUCCGCCGUCGUUUAACUUCACUGGUGGCAACGUGCCUCCGCAAUUCAAUGCUCCUCCCGUGCCGCAACGGAAGAUCAAGAAGGCUUUUAGAAGAAUACGGUAGAGGGCAAGUAACUUAAAACCCUAAAUGCACAUUUCGCUCGGAUGCAUUUUUUUUUUUUUAUAUAUUUAUGUAUCUCGAUUUCAUGCAACCGUGCGCUCAAACACGUUUUUUGGAUAUACGCUAAAGUUACAGUAUGAUACAGUGAAAAUAUCAUAUACCGACCGGUCGCAUAUACGAGGUGGUAUACCAAGCAUUUUUAUGUAAUAUAUUAAUCUGUCAAUGGGGAUACACAUGCUUGCGUACAACCACUUGUGUUCUACAGGAUCUGUAUAAAUUAUAAAUUAUUUAAAUUAUACAAUAAUAACGAAACGAUACUUAGACGUUGGCAUGAAGCCACUUUCGCAAACACGAGACGGAUCAUAAAUGCCAUUGCAUUGCUAAAAUACCUUUGCCCGACACAAGACGCUAUAUAUGUAUACAUAUAUAUGUACUGACGUGACAACACUGAUUUGCUGAAAGAAAAGAAAGAAAGGAUAAGAACCGCGAGGAGUAGUUCGAUGGAACGAACGUAAACGAUGCACCGAGAACGCACGCGAGAUUUAUGAAGGAUGUUGAUGAUUGAGAGUGGGAGCCAUAUCCCUCAGGUAAGUACAGGUCAUUCACAACUCGUGACAAUGUUUUUAUAACAGAGGGGAGAGGUAAAGAAAGAGAGGGACUAAACAGUGCCGAAAUAAUUGAUUAUUUUUUUGUAACGAAAGAAGUGGUUGCAAGCGAAUGGCAAUGGCUUUAUUCUUAUAUUUGUAUGUAAAAGAAAAAAAAAUGAACAAUCUUACCUGACUAAUUAUUUUUAAUAAAUUCAGUAUACACGACUUUGAAUGGUCAGGUAUGUGAACUUGAAGGAGCUUACGCGAAGGGGCUGAUAAUACGCGGUUUGACGGAAAAAAACAGUUUUCUUUUAUUCAUUUCUUUCUAUAAAAUGUUGACGGGUUACGAGUAUUGUGAAUCGACUGAAUAUCAAUGAAAUCCCACUGCGUAUAGACAUUAAUUAUAUUUUACUUAGGGUUCUGCGGACAGUCCUACAGCCUCUGUAGCACUGGUCCCGAAACAAUGUAUCAUAUUAUUAAAGGGAAAAAAAAGAAAAAAUGGCAUUCGGAUAGUACAAAGUCACGAUUACUGAACGAUUGUAUCGAGUAGUCGAAAAAUUGUAUAUUUUUUUUAUAUAUCGAAUGAACUAAUCCUAUAAGAAUAAUAUGCUGAAUGCCAUUUUAAAUAGGAUUAAAUUAUAGUAACGUUGCGUGUUUUAUCAUAGAAUGAAUGGGAGACGAAUUACGGCGUAUGUCGAUCGGGGAUAAAUUAUUGAGGGGCUUCUAAAAAGUUACUUAUUUCUGUGUAUUUCCUUUACUUUUUAAUUUGUUACCGGAUCAAAUGUAUUUUUAUAGCGGAGCUCUAAAACUGUUGUUUCUACGUUGUUCAUUACUCUUACCUAUGUUAAAACGUAUCACUCUUUAUCGCGGCAAAAGGGGACAAAUUACAACGAAAUUAGUGGAACGACGGUGUAUAAGAAGUGAGAAUUGCCGGAGAAAAAAAACGUUACGCAGUCCCGUGGUUUAUGUUGUUCGUUUUAUAUUUUUUUAUUUUCUUUGAUGACAAUGUUCGCGGAAUCAUAGAUUUUUAUAACGUGUGCAAUUUUACCGAGAGUGAUAUUAGUUUCUGUAAAUGAUAGUAGUACGAUAAACGAGGCCGUUUCCGAUACCAUUUGAAGCAAACCGGUGCGAGCAGAUAUUCUUUUUAGAAGUCCCGAAAUGCAGAAAGUAGUUAGCCGACGUGUCGAUGAUAAGUGAAUUAAUAUAAAUGAACAAAUCAUGCACGUCCUAUUUAAGUCUAGGGUAGUUAUAUCUCUAUGAUGUUGGCUUAAAAAUCGACAGUAGCCAAGAAUAACUCGGCACAAGACCCCACCUUAUGCCAUAAUAGAUACGCAGGUACAAAAGCAACUGUUAUAUAUAUUGUUACUCUAUGUGUUGUGUAAUAUUUACAUUUGUAGAUUUUAAGAGAUUCGUUUCUUUAGUUUCCGCGUCACAGAUCUAUCAGGAGGAUAAUAGACAGGCUGAUAAAUCUUGAUUUCCCUCGUUGAUGGUUUGCAAAUCUCCGCGACCGCCCUUCGUAGCUGUUAACUAUCGCGCUAUGACAGUAUUGCUAAAUAUGUAAAGAAAGAGAAGAAAAUAUAUCGACGUAAAAAUUAAUCUCUCCUUCGUGUAAUUAAAACGAUUUACGAUUAAUCUCUAUCGUUGAUUAAGGUAAUGAUCUAAAGUUAUGAAACGAGGUACGUAGCGAUUCGAUGAAAAAGGAUAUUCAAUGUUCAUCACCAAAUGGAAGAGGACGAGUAGUUAUAAUAUUAUAGUUGCAGAGGUAUCUCUCGACUAGUUAUCCCUUGUGUAAAGAGAAAACGUAAGAAUGGUUUUAAGUCUACGAAGGGUACUUCCGCGCACAGUUAUAUAUCGUGUAACUUGAUUGAAGAGUAAUAAUGGGAAGAUUUUAUAGCUUUGUAUAAUAAUUACCAGCUGAAACACUGAUUAGUGGUAAAGUGAGGCUGCGCUGAGAUAUGUCUACGCUGCUGUCUUACACUGUGAACAUUCUCUGUCGAGGCUGUGUCGUCCAUUUGUCUAUCCCUAGACAAAUUUCCAAAUUGAUAAAAUGUACGAAACAUUGCCCGAGAGAUUGGGGGGCAGAGUAACUCUUUAUAUUCAAAUCUCGUAUAUGGCCUUAAAGAAAGAGACAAAGCAAAACGUAAACGGAGGCGCGCGACUUAGAUACGUCUAUUAAAUGAAUUGUAAAGCAAAUCGUAUUGGAAUUGUUUUGUAGCAGUUUUUACUCUCCAUAUUGCGAUGUGUUUACGUAAAUACUUGAAGUGCACUACAUUAAAAUUGUUCAACAAUAGAUAUCUGACGUCCCAUGACUCGUAGGACGUUUGUCUCUGGGCGCUGUUCAUUUUAAUUAUCCCUGCGAUCGGCUGUCAAGCAUGAUUUCUAAAGAACUUGGCAGGGAAACGAUUAUGAUUUUUUCAUAUAGAAGGAGAUUAUUGAGAGACCUACGAUAUCUGUUCCAGAAAUAAAAAUUCUGCGAGUUACGGGACGCGUAAAAGAUGCGUCAAAUGUUCUGAGGCCUUAUUAUAAUCUUAGUCCACGAAAAAAUUAUGUAUCGUACUCAAUUUACACGGAUAUCUCUAACGAUUACAUUCAGAAUGUAUUAAUCGAUACGAUCUGAUGUUCACAAAUGAGAGAGUUUGUUAUGAAAUAAGUCCAAUGACUGCCUGUAAUUAAAUAAAACAUGUACAUGGGAGAAUGUUCACUGUAUGCUUCAGGUGCUAUGGGGACGUUCCGACGUUCUCAUGACAUGGUAUAAUGUUAGAUAAAUAUUGUAAAGGAGUAUCAUCGGUGUUUCUCAACCGACAGGCCCAUUUAUAAUUCGACGAAUCUGUAAAACUUCGCACAAAACUGAGGCACGUUAAAAAAGACCGAUACUGGUAAUGAUAGGAGACCAGCGUCGUUCUUUUUACCAUAGAAUGAACACGGAAACGACUGUUGAAUUUCGAAUAUUUUAUUUAAAGGGAAAACAUGAAGACAGACAUAUUUGGUUUAUUCAAAAGUACGUAAAUAGUAAUAAACACGGGAUUAUAAUAUUAAAAUAUUGAUAUAUAUAUAUAUAGAUAUAAUAUAUAUUACAUAGAAUGGAAGUAGAGCAUCUAUUUGCAGAACGAAUGUAUAAAUACGUAAUCGUGACGAAUGAAAAAGCUCGAUAGCCUCAUAAUUGUAUAAUUUUUUGAACGAUGCGACGUUCCUUUGAUGGCGUAACAUUUUUCAUGAUGACGAGGGCUAUGGAGCUCGUGCGUUGAGAAACACCGGGAAUAGGCUACACGUUCACGUUAACAUUAUUACCAUUAUUAUUCUUAAUACUAUCCUCCGCUGUACCCAAUAAUAAUUAAUAUUAUACAGUACUAGGAUAUACGGAAAACAAUAUCAACUUGAAAAACAAUGAUAUUCCGUUUCGGUUUACAGUUUUUAUUUGAUAGGUAGUAAAAGUAACGAUUUUAGGAGGGCAUUUAGAUGAAAAUGCGAGCCAAGGCGUUUUUAAUCAUGUACAAUUUUCUUCGCGCGAUAGCUACGCGUUUAAAUUUUUUAUUUAACUUUUAGUAAUCUAAUAAAAUGAAAUGUUCUGUUCACGGGAAAGAGAAUACGCGAUUGUCAGUACUACGUAAAAACCCUUUGGUUCGCAUAUAUAGAAAAAAAGUAAUCCGAAAACGAACAUUAGAAUUCAGUCGCAAUCUCGAAGCGUUUGGAUCAAAUGUAUUUGUUUCAUGAUUAUACAUUACAUUUCACGUUGCUUUUUAUUUCUGUAAUUAUCAAAGCUCACUCCUUAACAGUUCCUCAAAGAAAAUAUACAAAUUAAGAAAUCCACAAUUGUAACUUUACUAAUAAUAUUCGUGGUUUUGUCAUCCUGAUGAAUAAUAUUGUCUACGUCUACUCUACGUGCUUUUUAGUAAAAAAUAUUCUAUUUUAAUCGUAUAAUCUAUCGAUGAUACAGGAAAAGCAAGGGGAAAGAUAAAUAUGUCUUUCCGUUAAUUUGAUCGGAACGAGAACGGGCGUUGGCCCGGGUAUUAUUUUCACACCUCGGAAAAGAACAUUACAAAAAGUAAAUUAUCGAAAAGAGUUAAACACCAACAGUUCCACGUAAAAUAGUCCGGUUGCGUCAUUAAUUAAAAAUUCUAAUUCAUUAUCGUGCGUCACAUCGUCUGCUACAAAAGAUCUGCGUAUUCGGUUCUCGCUUACAACGGUUACACGAUGAUUAAUAAUAAUAAUUAAUGAUAAUAAUUAAUUUCCUUAUGUUGCACACAGCUGUACGAGGGAGUCAUGCAGAAAAUAAAAAUUAUCUACGAUUAAGAUA